UGAUAAAUUAUGAACAUGAACAUAUACUGUGUAUUUUCUUUCAUCUCUCUCUCCAGUUGUCCUUUUUUCUCCAACUGCAGGUCCAUCUCCCAUUCCAUCUCCAGCAGUCCCACUGUUGUCCAUGUCUCCACCCAUUCCAUCUCCAGCAGUCCCACUGUUGUCCAUGUCUCCACCCAUUCCAUCUCCAGCAGUCCCACUGUUGUCCAUGUCUCCACCCAUUCCAUCUCCAGCAGUCCCAGUGUUGUCCAUGUCUCCACCCAUUCCAUCUCCAGCAGUCCCACUGUUGUCCAUGUCUCCACCCAUUCCAUCUCCAGCAGUCCCAGUGUUGUCCAUGUCUCCACCCAUUCCAUCUCCAGCAGUCCCACUGUUGUCCAUGUCUCCACCCAUUCCAUCUCCAGCAGUCCCACUGUUGUCCAUGUCUCCACCCAUUCCAUCUCCAGCAGUCCCACUGUUGUCCAUGUCUCCACCCAUUCCAUCUCCAGCAGUCCCACUGUUGUCCAUGUCUCCACCCAUUCCAUCUCCAGCAGUCCCACUGUUGUCCAUGUCUCCACCCAUUCCAUCUCCAGCAGUCCCAGUGUUGUCCAUGUCUCCACCCAUUCCAUCUCCAGCAGUCCCAGUGUUGUCCAUGUCUCCACCCAUUCCAUCUCCAGCAGUCCCAGUGUUGUCCAUGUCUCCACCCAUUCCAUCUCCAGCAGUCCCAGUGUUGUCCAUGUCUCCACCCAUUCCAUCUCCAGCAGUCCCAGUGUUGUCCAUGUCUCCACCCAUUCCAUCUCCAGCAGUCCCACUGUUGUCCAUGUCUCCACCCAUUCCAUCUCCAGCAGUCCCACUGUUGUCCAUGUCUUCACCCAUUCCAUCUCCAGCAGUCCCACUGUUGUCCAUGUCCCCACCCAUUCCAUCUCCAGCAGUCCCAGUGUUGUCCAUGUCUCCACCCAUUCCAUCUCCAGCAGUCCCACUGUUGUCCAUGUCUCCACCCAUUCCAUCUCCAGCAGUCCCACUGUUGUCCAUGUCUCCACCCAUUCCAUCUCCAGCAGUCCCACUGUUGUCCAUGUCUCCACCCAUUCCAUCUCCAGCAGUCCCAGUGUUGUCCAUGUCUCUACCCAGGCUGCUGUGUAGUCUACUGGUGGGGUCUCCCUACCUGCUGGUGACCAUCAUACUGCUGGUGAAAGGCUGCAGGAGCAGGACUCAAGGUGAAACCAGGAUACCCAGGAAGACCCACCAAGACCAGUUAGGUGAGUUUCUACCUUACAACACAAC